AUGAGCUUUCGCCCUCGUCGCAACAAAACGCAACCCAGAGUUCUGUUUCGACAUCAAAUCAAGGCCAUGGCUGCAGCUGCAGACUCACAUCCCGUGCGGAGCCAGUCUGACCAUGGGCCAUCUCCAGGCAAUAUGACUGAAACCGCGAUCCCGGACCUCUUCGCCUCGCAGCCUCCGGUUGUUGACAUGCUCCAGACACAAUCGUCACAGCUUCAGCAGGACACCAUCGACGAGUGUCUGCCUUUUCUGAGCGGAGAAGAACAUGCAGGCAAAUGUAAUCAGUACGGCGUCCCCCGCCUAGACAAACAGCGCCACGUCAAGUUUCUGCACAAGAUGCUUGGCAGCCUUCCACCGCAGUUUACGGCUGCAGAUCCCAGCCGGCCGUGGUUCUUUUACUGGUGUCUCUCAGCGCUGACGUUGCUGGGAGAGGACGUCAGUGUCUAUCGCGAGAGUCUAGUCAAAACUGUCCGCCCCAUCCAGAAUGCCAGCGGCGGCUUUGGGGGAGGCGUCGGCCAGGAUUCUCACUUGGCGACCACUUAUGCCACCGUGUUGGCACUGAUGCUCGUGGGUGGAGAAGAGGCGUAUAAAGUAAUAGACAGGCGUGCAAUGUGGAAAUGGCUCUCCUCGCUGAAGCAGGCUGAUGGAGGCUUUCAGAUGGUCGUAGGAGGCGAAGAGGAUGUACGAGGCGCAUACUGCGCAUCAGUUAUCAUUUCUCUGCUCGGGAUUCCCCUCGAGACAUCAGCCGACUCGCCUGCUUUCGCCGCCGGACACAAAACCCUCUUCAGCGGUCUCGGAGAGUGGAUAGGCAGAUGCCAGACAUAUGAAGGUGGCGUGGCUGCAAUCCCGGGGAUCGAGGCACACGGGGCGUAUGCCUUCUGUGCCCUCGCGUGCCUGUCCAUACUGGAUUCUCCGCAUCGUUCCAUACCAAAAUACAUGAACAUGCCACGACUGAUUGCAUGGCUGUCUUCUCGCCAGUACGCACCAGAAGGCGGCUUCUCUGGACGCACAAACAAGCUCGUAGACGGCUGUUACAGCCACUGGGUUGGGGGAUGCUGGCCGCUCAUCCAGGCCGCCUUGAGCGGGCCACGCAGUGGUGAGGCCAGAUCCGCAGACCAGCAGGCCGCAGAUACUGGCAGCCUAUUCAGUCGUAACGGGCUGAUCCGUUACAUUUUAUGCUGCUGCCAGGAUCAGACCCCUCGCGGUGGCUUGAGGGAUAAGCCAAGCAAAUACUCAGAUGCCUACCACACAUGCUAUGUGCUAGCUGGCCUAAGCUCCGCACAGCAUAAGUGGACUGUACAGACUGCACGGCCAACUGGUUCUGCCGGCGGCGCUGACGAGUGGGAGGCUCUGCCAUAUAUCGAGGACGAGCAAGUAUUCGAUGAAAAUGACCGAAUUGGAACGACACAUCCCGUAUACGUAAUACCUCAGCACAAGGUCGAAGCUGCGUGGGAGUAUUAUGCUUCCAACAUGAGUAUCUGA